AUGGAUACCGAAAAGCUCAACGGAAACCACACUCCCGAUCUCGAGGGGAACGAACACCAGUUCCUCAUGAACCACUCGGUCCACAGCUUCUCCUGGUCCGAUCUCACCGUCACCGUCAAAGACCGUCGCACGAAACAGCCCCGGAACCUGAUCGAUGGCAGUAGCGGCACUGUUCAAGCGGGUGAAUUGGUCGCCCUGAUGGGCCCAUCAGGCUGCGGCAAGACGACUCUCCUCAACGUCCUCGCGCGGCGGACAGCGUCGUCCGGCGCAAAAACAACAGGCGAGAGCUACGUCAACGGCGCGAAGCUGUCCAACGAUACCUUUGGCCGCAUCACCUCCUACGUAGAGCAGGAGGAUGCGUUGAUCGGGUCACUGACUGUCCAGGAGACGUUGAAAUUUGCGGCGGAUCUCGCGCUUCCACGAUCUGUCACCAAGGCGCAGAGACGCCAGCGCAUCGACACCCUCAUGACGGCGUUUGGCAUCCAGAACCAGGCGGCCACGCUGGUUGGCACGCCGAUCCGCAAGGGCAUCAGCGGCGGACAGAAGCGGCGGGUCAGUGUCGCCAGCCAAUUGAUUACGUGUCCGAAGAUUCUCUUUCUGGACGAGCCGACCAGCGGGUUGGAUUCGACGGCGAGCUACGAGGUGAUUUCGUACGUGAAGCGACUCGCGGUGGCGAAUAAUUUGAUCAUCAUCGCGAGCAUCCACCAACCGUCCACCACGACGUUCCAGCUCUUCGACAAGCUCCUGCUGCUGUCGGGCGGACAAACAUGCUACUUCGGCCCCGUGGCCAGCGUCCCGAGCUACUUUGAGAGCAUUGGCUGUCCCAUCCCGGCGAGCACGAACCCGGCUGAAUUCCUCCUCGACAGCGUCAGCUCCGACUUCACCGAGGCGCAGGGGCGUGUGGAGCAGAUCAAGUCGGCGUGGGCGCAACGCUUGUCCUCCACGCAGUCGGCAUCCUCGCACACUACCGAUGGGAAGACUGGACGGAUAGACAUGGCUGAACUAGGCCGGCCCAACGUGCUCCAGAUUACGCUGUCCCUUUUGCACCGGCUGUUUAUCAAGAGCUACCGCGAUGUGGUGGCGUAUGGGAUCCGCAUUGUGAUGUAUAUGGGUCUUGCCAUCAUGAUGGGCACCGUCUGGUUGCGUCUGCAUACUUCGCAGGACUACAUCCAGCCAUUUAUCAACGCUAUCUUCUUCGGUUCGGCAUUUAUGAGCUUCAUGGCUGUGGCCUACGUGCCAGCCUUCCUCGAAGACCGGGCGACAUUCACUAAAGAACGCGCCAACGGACUCUACGGCGCACUGCCAUUCAUCGUGUCCAACUUUAUCAUCGGCCUUCCCUUUCUCUUCGUGAUAUCCCUUCUCUUCUCCAUAGUCAGCUAUUGGCUCUCCAACUUCCGCCCGAGCGGCACCGCCUUCUUCACCUGGGUAAUGUGGCUCUUCCUCGACCUGCUGGCGGCCGAAAGCCUCGUCGUCUUCGUGACCUCGCUGUUCCCGAACUUCGUCAUCGCGCUCGCGCUGGUCGCCUUCGCCAACGGGCUGUGGAUGAGCGUGGGUGGGUUCCUGGUGUCGCCGACGAUCCUCAACCCGUUCUGGAAAUACGUCUUCCACUACAUCGACUACCAGGCGUACGUGUUCCAGGGGAUGAUGGUGAACGAGUUUGCGGACCGCGUGUAUACCUGCGGCGAGGGGUGCAAUUGCAUGUACCAGACCGAUCUGGCCGGGCAGUGCAUGAUCCGGGGGACGGGCGUGUUGCAGGCGUAUGGUGUCCUUCACUUCGUGUCGCCACCAAUAUACUCCGUACGUCCGACACUAUGCCAUUGUCUCCCUGCCUCUACGCAACAGCCUGAGACGAUGAACCCAUCCGAACCGCCGCCGUUCCCCAAACAAGACACUCCAGUGAUCCUCCCGGACCCUUCAGAAUUCGCCGAACUCCACACCGAGCGCUUGACACUGCGACUGCUGCGGGUAGACAAUGACGAAGAUGCCGCGGGACUGUUCCGCAUUCGCAGUCAGCCGGAGGUCAUGAACUGGAUGAGGCUAAAAGCCGCAGACGCUUGCGUAGACGACACGAAGGCGUGGAUCCGCAAAAAGGUGCUCCGUCAGGUGGGCAGCGCCGCCGAUGCAUCAUCCAGUCGGCUAUUCUAUUUUGCCGUCGUGGAAAAGAGCCGUGACGGGGGCAGCGCCGGAGAGAAGAUCGUCGGCGCCGCGGGGGUGAAUUCUAUACAUCCUGCGCCGGCCGUGGGGUGUAUGUUCCAUCCUGACGUCUGGGGGAAGGGAUAUGCGACCGAGGCUGUGAGGGCGGUCGUUACGGCGUGGUGGGAGUUGCCGCGGGCGUGGUGCGUGGAGGAGGAGAAGCUUUUCGCGGCGGUCAAGGGGGCGAAUGUAGGGAGUUUGAGGGUGCUUGAGAAGGUUGGGUUUGAGGUCUAUGCGUAUACAGACUCGGUGGAGAGGUUGGCUUUGAUGGCUAUGAGGAGACCUUCGGUCUGA